CAUGCACUGAGGCCUCUAUUUAUUUGGCUCUCCUCCGUGCUCUCCAAUCUACCCCCGCUCAGUUGGAGGCUCUCCCCUCCUCCCCACACUGCAAGCGAUCUCAAUGUGGUAAAACAGGUGGCGAAAAAUAAUAAUAGUAAUCGAGUUCAUCAUUUUCUUGGCCCGUUUCUUCCUCGCCCGAUCUUUUUUUCUGGGGCUCCAAUUGAGGCGAGGGGUGGCGGCAGGUCAAGGCAGAGAUCGACAAGGCAGGAGGGGAUCCACCGGUCGGCCGGCCGGUCGAUGCCAUGGCGCUGAGCCAGAGCACGCGGUUCGGCAUGGCCACCGCGUUCCUCGGCGUGCUGUCCUUCCUCCUCGGCGUCGUCGGCGAGCUCAAGAAGCCGCCGCGGGGGACGCCGGUCAGGGGCGGCAGGGGCGUGGUCGUCUGCGAGUUCCCGCCGGACCCGACGGUGGCGCUGGGCGCGCUCUCAGCGGUGUCCGCCGCGUGCUGCGCCGGCGUCGGCGCCGUCGCCGUGUUCUUCCCCUACAAUGGCAGGCCCGUCCCGAGGAAGGCCCUCUUCGACUACACCCUCCUCUACGUCUUCUUCCACCUCGCCAUAGGCAUCACGGUGGCCGGGAUAGCCACGACGGCGUGGGUGACGGCGAGCGAGGCCAUGCACCACGUCCGGAACGUCCACGGCGACCCAGGGUACGCCUGCCCGACGGCCAAGACGGGGUUGCUCGGCGGCGCGGCGUUCCUCAACCUCGACGCGUCGCUCUUCUGGCUCCUCUGCCUCAUGCUCGCCGGCAACGUCAGGGAGGAGUACUUCGACGAUGGAGGCGGCGGCCGCGCGGUCGCCGACGAGGCCCCGACUUGUUAAUUACUCGCAGCAUAUGCAAAUGUGCGUGGCAAACGUGACGUGUGUGUGUACAUAUGUUAUGCCUGGUUGUUCUGCCGAGACUCUCCUUCGUCUGUACAUAAAGUUGUCUGAUCCUUAUUAGCUGCCGCAAGCGCACACGCUGGUCAUCUCAUAAAAUCCAAAAUGGGAAUGCCCCUCGAAAGGGGCGUCGCCGAAUCUAACUUCCUUGUUUAGAUAGUGUAUGAAUAGGCCUGACUAAAUCCUUAAGGGGCCUUUGAAUAGGAUAGCAUGAUGACUUCUUGCCAAAAUACAAAAACGAAUUUAUGUCAUAGGUGACGGCGAGGUAUAAGGAUGAAUGCGGUGCAGUUAGAGGUGGCUAGUGAUUCUUAGCGUUGCUACGUUGGUGUGUCGAAGACUGCAGGGAUAUACGGGGAAGGAGAAGAGUUGCAAGAAGCAUUAUGUUGGAAUUGAUAAAUGGGCUAAGGCCCAUA